AUGGAGGGCCUCAUCCCGUUCAUCUACAGGGCCGUGGCGCAGUACAGGAAGGAGGGGCAGGUCUCCCUCGCCGACCUCCUCUUCGACGAGCAGCCGUCCUCGUCGCCCACGGCGGCCUCGGCCUACUUCCGUCUCGCCGGGGACUCCGGCCGCCACCAGCUCUUCUCGGCCGACUCCGGUGCGGCCGGAGCGGCGCGGCGGUCUCCGCCGCACCGUCGGCGCACCAUGGAGCAUGGAUCGUGGUGA